AAAGGAUGGAUGAGUCACAAUCACAUUAUUUGCUUGUCCGGCUGAAAACCAACUGGAAAAAUACUUUUUACCAUUCCAACAAUGCAGGCCCUGAAGUUCCUCCACGUGCUGCUGUCAGUAGCAGUUCACUCUAAGGUACUGAUGUUCCAGCCUCUGGACUGCGCUGACGUCUACAACAACGGUUCUAAGACCAGUGGUGUCUACAGGAUCUACCCUGCUGGACCCAACUCUCCUCGAUACGUCUACUGUGAUAUGGACACUGACGGAGGGAAAUGGACUGUGUUCCAGAGGAGGAUGGAUGGAACAGUGAACUUCUACAGAGGAUGGGACCAGUACAAGAACGGCUUUGGACAUGCAGCGGGAGAGUACUGGCUGGGUCUGGACACCAUCUACCUCCUGACCCUGAAGAAGGCGUAUGAGUUGAGGGUGGACAUGGAGGACUUCGGACAACAGAAAGCCUUCGCUUUCUACUCCUCCUUCGCCAUCUCUCCCGAAGUCACCGACCCUGAACUGGACGGCUACAAGCUCCACGUUACUGGCUUUAAAGACGGAGGUGCAGGGGAUUCUCUCACCUAUCACAGUGGUAUGAAGUUCUCCACCUUCGACCGAGACCAGGACACUACUGAAACCAACUGCGCAGUUGCCGCAGUAGGAGGGUAUUGGUUCAACGAGUGUUACUACUCAAACCCCAACGGUCUUUAUACAUGGGGAUUCAACUCACAGAUGGGAGUCAACUGGAGGGCAUGGAAGACCUUCUACUCUGUGAAAGCCAUAUCCAUGAAGAUCAGGCCUGUGAACCUGUGAAGGGCCUUCACAGAGUCCUUUGGUUAAACAUGGUUGUUUGAUCUGCAGCCCGAAUUCGAAAUGGAUUAAAGAUUUAUUUUUCCCCUCA